CGCAGAGAGAGAGAGAGAGAGAGCGUUGGUACUACUAGAAAAGAGAUUGAAUGAUACCAUUUUGUUGAUUUGUUUUCAGAUUUGAGUAUACUGAUAUAUCGGGUUGUGACUUAACACGCAAAGCUCCUUGAUAAUGACGUCAACGUCAAGAAACCAUGCCUUCGAAAGGUCUCCGGUCGACGCAGUUGGACAAGGAAGGCUGAAAGAAUAUGUGGUGGCUGUCAUGGCACAGAAGACACAGGAACAACGGUUUCAGCGUCGCACAUCUAUAUAUCAGAAGCACAAUCUUUUGGAGCAUAUCAAGAAGAAGUCGUGGUGUGGCCCACCGUCAGAGACUAUCUAUGGCGGCCUUUCUGCAUCUGCUGCUGAAGAUGACAUCGGCAUUGCCCUUGCGGUUCGGGAUACGACGUACUUCCUCGAUUUUGCCGAGCAGCAUUUCCCUCGUGACGAAACUAGCAAUGCCGCCGAAAUGAUAACGGAUUUCGUCAUUGAUCAGGUUCGGAAAUAUAAAAUUGAGCAUUUGGAGAAGUUUAUCGGCAUCGCCCUUCCUAUCAACCUUGCUGUUCAUUGCCCUCGCCUUUGCCCGCGGUUAUGGGCCGAGCUGGAUAUUGUUCCCUUGGUGCUGCAUGGGAAAGGCGUGCAUAGUGUUGGCUGGAUCAAUACAGAAUUGUGGAACUCGAAGAUGCUGGACGAACAGGCUGAGUCUAUUGCUCGGAAAUGUAUCACAUUCUUCGGCCCGAACAAAGCACCCUUGCUGCAGGUCGGCUAUCGAGGAACUGUUGAGGUGGAUGCAGGGUUCCAUGCUGUUUUAGCUACAGUUCGUGACUAUGAGAGGACCGUUCGCGAAACGACUUGGGCUGCUGUGCAGAAGUAUGCGGCUGAUAUGAAGGAACGAAAUGUCAAAGUUGCUUUUUUUAGUAGUACGCCUCAGGGCGGCGGCGUCGCUCUCAUGAGACACGCUCUUGUGAGAUUUUCCGAAGCUCUUGGGACUGACAUUAAAUGGUAUGUUCCACGACCGAAACCAGGGGUAUUCCGCAUCACAAAGACAAACCACAACAUUCUUCAGGGCGUAGCCAGGCUUGAUGAAAGGCUCACAGAGGAGAACAAAAAGCAGCUCACAGAUUGGAUCGCGACGAAUGCCAAACGUUACUGGUUUGGAAAAGGUGGCCCGCUCGAUCCCCCGGAGAAAGGAGGUGCCGAUAUUAUUGUGAUUGACGAUCCACAAAUGCCCGGUUUGAUACCGCUGAUUAAAGCGGCUACUCCAAACCGGCCAGUCAUCUAUCGCAGUCACAUUCAGAUUCGAAGCGACCUGGUAGAUGAUCCCUCGACGCCGCAGGCGGAAGCCUGGGCGUACUUCUGGGAGAGCAUCAAACAGGCCGAUUUAUUCAUAAGUCAUCCCGUCAGUGCGUUCGUGCCAUCAACCGUGAACCCUGAAUCGGUGGGAUACCUGCCUGCUUCAACAGAUUGGCUGGACGGAUUGAACAAAAAUAUGGAAGAUUGGGAUGUUGGCUUUUACGGCCGUGUCUUCAACGCAAAGUGUCGCGAGAUCGGAAUGACAACCAUCGAUUAUCCGAAGGAUGAGUACAUCGUCCAAGUCGCGAGAUUUGACCCUUCGAAAGGAAUCUUCGAUGUUAUUCAAUCCUAUGCCAAAUUUUUUGACAAGAUAAAAUCGGAGACGACACCCCCAAAGCUCCUCAUCUGUGGGCACGGGUCAGUCGAUGACCCUGAUGGGGCCGUGAUAUACGAUGCCGUCAUUGAAUACCUCGAAUGUCAAAUGCGCCACCUCAAGCCUUUCAUCUGUGUGAUGCAUAUCCCUCCCUCCGAUCAGAUCCUCAAUGCGAUCCUUUCAAAAGCCAGGAUCGCUUUGCAGCUGUCUGUACGAGAAGGAUUUGAAGUCAAGGUUUCCGAAGCAUUGCAUAAAGGCAAACCGGUUAUCGCCACUCUUGCUGGAGGUAUUCCGCUCCAGGUCCAGCACGGCAAAAAUGGUUUCCUCGUUGAAGUAGGAGAUACCGAUGCCGUGGCGCAACAUCUCUACGAUCUUUGGACCGACGAUGAAUUGUAUGAUCGGAUGAGUGAGUAUGCACUGACAAGCGUUAGCGACGAGGUUUCCACGGUCGGUAAUGCCUUGUCUUGGUUGUAUCUUGCAAGUCAAAUGACCAAGGGCAAAUCCUGCAAGCCGCAUGGUCGAUGGAUAAAUGAUAUGGCUAGAGAGGCAGCUGGCAAGCCUUACUUAGCCGGCGAAAAUAGAUUGAAGAGAGAGGUUGAUGUUAAGCCGGCGGGUACUCUGGAGGACUGAUGCAGUUUGGGGAUGCUUUUAUCUUGAAUAUUCUCAAUUGCGCCUGAUCACGAUCUUUUUUUGUAACUAUACAUUUCUGAUCUUUAGUCAGCUGCAUGUUUUACACACAAUCAGACCAGAAGAAGAAACAAUCUUGUUUGCU